GAAGGCAAAUGUUCCCCCAGCUGUUUCCUGUCUACAGUGUCUGUGUUUUGUAGAUAAAUGUGAGGAUUUUCUCUAAAUCCCUCUUCUGUUUGCUAAAUCUCACUGUCACUGCUAAAUUCAGAGCAGAUAGAGCCUGCGCAAUGGAAUAAAGUCCUCAAAAUUGAAAUGUGACAUUGCUCUCAACAUCUCCCAUCUCUCUGGAUUUCUUUUUGCUUCAUUAUUCCUGUUAACCAAUUCAUUUUCAGACUUUGUACUUCAGAAGCAAUGGGAAAAAUCAGCAGUCUUCCAACCCAAUUAUUUAAGUGCUGCUUUUGUGAUUUCUUGAAGGUGAAGAUGCACACCAUGUCCUCCUCGCAUCUCUUCUACCUGGCUCUGUGCCUGCUCACCUUCACCAGCUCUGCCACAGCUGGACCGGAGACGCUCUGCGGGGCUGAGCUGGUGGAUGCUCUCCAGUUCGUGUGUGGAGAAAGAGGCUUUUAUUUCAACAAGCCCACUGGGUAUGGCUCCAGCAGUCGGAGGGUGCCUCAGACAGGCAUCGUGAAUGAGUGCUGCUUCCGGAGCUGUGAUCUGAGGAGACUGGAGAUGUACUGCGCACCCCUCAAGCCUGUCAAGUCAGCCCGCUCUGCCCGUGCCCAGCGCCACACUGACAUGCCCAAGACCCAGAAGGAAGUACAUCUGAAGAAUGCAAGUAGAGGGAGUGCAGGAAACAAGAACUACAGAAUGUAGGAAGACCCUCCUGAGAAGUGAAGAGCGACAUGCCGCCGCAGAAUGCUUUGCUCUGCACAAGUUACCUGUUAAACUUUGGAAUACCUACCAAAAAAUAAGUUUGAUAACAUUUAAAAGAUGGGCGUUUCCCCCAAUGAAAUACACAAGUAAACAUUCCAACAUUGUCUUUAGGAGUGAUUGAUAAAAGGUUUGCACCUUGAAAAAAUUGUCCUGGAGUUGGUAGAUUGCUGUUGAUCCUUUAUCAGUAAUGUUCUAUAGAAAAGAAAACCAUAUAUGUAUAUAUAUAUGUAUGUAUAUAUACAUAUAUAUAUACACACACACACAUAUAUAUCUUAGUCCCUGCCUCUAGAGAGCCACAAAUGCAUGGGUAUUGUGUAGAUCCAGUUGCACUAAAUUCCUCUCUGAAUCUUGGCUGCUGGAGCCAUUCAUUGAGCAACCUUGUCUAAGUGGUUUAUGAAUUGUUUCUCUACUUGUACUUCUUUCUACACAACAUGGGCUGUUUGUUUUACAGUGUCUGAUAAUCUUGUUUGUCUACACCCACCACCUCCCUUCAUAACCUUUAUAUUUGCCGAAUUUGGCCUCCUCAAAAGCAGCAGCGAGUAGUCAAGAAACACACCAAUUUCUAACCCACAAGAUUCCAUCUGUGGCAUUUGUGCCAAAUAUAAGUUGGAUGCAUUUAUUUUAGACACAAAGCUUUAUUUUUCCACAUUAUGCUUACAAAGAAGAAUAAUGCAAAUAGUUGCAACUUUGGGGCCAAUCAUUUUUAGGCAUAUGUUUUAAACGUAGAAAGUUUCUUCAACUCAAAACAGUUUCUUCAAAUGAGGAGUUAAUGUGCAACCUGAUUAGUAACUUUCCUUUUUUUAUUUUUUCCAUAUAGAGCACUAUGUAAAUUUAGCAUAUCAAUAAUACAAGGUAUAUCAAACAGUAUAUAAAACUCUGUUUUUUAGUAUAAUGGUGCUAUUUUGUAGUUUGUUUUAUGAAAGAAUCUGGCCAAAACGGUAAUAGGUGAAAGCAAAACAAAAGGGGAAGCCUGGAGCCAAAGAUGACACAAGGGGAAGGGUAUUGAAAGCUCCAUCCAUUUGGGAAAGAAGGGAAAGUCCCCCUAAUUAUGCCUUCCAAGAGGAACUUCAGACACUAAAGUCCACUGAUGCAAAUUGGACUGGCGAGUCCAGAGAGGAAAUUGUGGAAUGGAAAAAGCAGAAGGCUAGGAAUCUUAGCAGUCUUUUUCUCACUGAAGAAACAAACAUCUGCCAGCUGUGCCAUGGACUCACCAGUGUGACCUUGGGCAAGUCACUUCACCUCUCUGUGCCUCAGUUUCCUCAUCUGCAAAAUGGGGGCAAUAUGUCAUCUACCUACCUCAAAGGGGUGGUAUAAGGUUUAAAAAGAUAAAGCUUCAGGUUUGUUUUGCUUUUUUUUUACCCUGGGUUGCUGUAAGGGUGCAACAUCAGAGCGCUUGAGUUGCUGAGAUGCAAGGAAUUCUAUAAAUAACCCAUUCGUAGCGUAGCUGGAGAUCAAUUAAUUGAACACCCCUGACAUCUCAGUUCUUGUCAGUGAAGCUAUCCAAAUAACUGGCCAACUAACUAGUUGUUAAAAGCUAACAGCUCAAUCUCUUUUAAAGCACUUUUCAAAAUAUGUGGGAAGCAGCUGAUUUUCAAUUUGAUUUUGAAUUCUGUAUUUGGUUUUAUGAAUACAAAGAUAAGUGAAGAGAGGAAAAGGAAAAGAAAAAGGAGAAAAACAAAGAGAUUUCUACCAGUGAAAGGGGAAUCAAUUACUCUACUUAUUAGCACUCACUGACUCUUCUAUGCAGUUACUAUAAAUCUAGUAAAACCUCUUUUAAUACUAUAAAUAAUAUUCUAUUCAUUUUGAAAAACACAAUGAUUCCUUCUUUUCUAGGCAAUAUAAGGAAAAUGACCCAAAAUUUGAAAUACUAAAACAAUAAUAAAAAGUCACAAAGUCAUCUUCUUUAACAAAUUUUACUGUUAUUCUUAGCUGUAUAUACACUUUUAAAAAUUUUGUUAUAAUAUGUUUGACUGGAGUUGCCAGCUGAAAGGCAAAAACUUCUAUCACAACAAGAAAUUUCCCACUUAGAAGGGUAGGCCCUAGCUCUCUGUGAAUGUGUUUUAUCCAUUCAACUGAAAAUUGGUAUCAAGAAAGUCCAGUGGUUAGUACAGGUCCAUCACAGCCUAUAAAAUAACCCCCAUCUGCAGAUCAAGAUUUUCUCAUCAGAACAAUCAACUGUCCAGCAUUCAUAUCUUUUUACUCACCUUAGAACUUUUUGGUUAAAAGCACCCAGGCUUGAUUAUUUCAUGCAAAUUUUGUAUUUUACCUCCUUGGUAAGUGUAUAUGAAAAACAAAAAUAACAUCUUCAGUUUUUCUCCCACUGGGUCACCUCAGGAUCAGAGGCCAGAAAACAAAGAGAGAGAGAGAGAGAGAGAGAGAGAGAGAGAGAGAGAGAGAGAGAGAGAGAGAGAGACUCUCCCUAGAUCUCUGAAUAUGUGCAAAAAGAAGGCCCUAUUUAAUGGGGCCAGCACUCCUGUUUAGUUAACAAGUAUUUCAACUCUCAAUCCAACAUAUUUGAAUUAAGCACCUCAAGCAUGCUCAGCAAUGCUCCAAUCACUAUGUACAGAUGUAGAAGAAACUAUACAUCUGCCUGUUUUCCAGACAUAUGGGUUCUGUGGAAUAAGAUACUAGACUCCUCUUCCCAAGAUGGCACUUCUUUUAUUUUCUUGUUACCAUUAUGUACCUUUUAAAAUUAUUUACUCUCAACAAAACUUUAUAGGCAGUCUUCUGCAGACUUACGUGUUUUCUGUCAUAGUUAGAUGUGAUGAUUCUAAGAGUGUCUACCACUUAUUUUCUUCACUUAAUUCUAUCCACAGUCAAAAAUCCCCCAAGGGGGAAAGCUGAAAGAUGCAUUGCCACAUUAUCUUUCUUAACUUUUUCCAAAACAUAAUCCUCUCUAACUGGAUCAUAAAUCAACAAAUUUAAAGUAACUCAUUAUGUUAUUUUAUUUUUUAAUGAAUUAAAACUAGAAAACAAAUUGAUGCAAACUCUGAAAGUCAGUCAAUUACUAUAUACCACAGCAGAAUGACUUUAACUUCAUAGAAAAGAGCAACAAAAAUGUCACAACCCAAAACUUUACAAGCUUUGCUUCAGAAUUAGAUUGCUUUAUAAUUUUUAAAUGAGGCAAUUUUAAGAUAUUUGUAAAAGAACAGUAAACAUUGGUAAGGAUGAGCUUUCAACUUAUAAGCUUAUUUCCAAUUAACUGACCGUACUUAAUACUUAGGUCAAAUAUCUGUUCUCUCUUCCCCAGUGUUAACAUUAUUUGAACUUUUUAAAAUGAGGAGGCUCCCCUGUAAAAGUUAAUGCAGCUCUCCAUCAGAAUCCACUCUUCUAGGGAUAUGAAAAUUUCUCAACACCCACCCUACAUACACACACACACACACACACACACACACACACACACACCCCUCCUAAGGAUCCAAUGGAAUACUGAAAAAAAAAAAAAACACCUUCUUGAAAAUUUUAUUGAAAGCAAACAAACAAACAAAAAGCCUGUUCUCCCUUGAGAAUCCUUCUUCUCCUUGGAACGUCAGUGUUUGUGUAGAUUAGACCAUCUCCUGUUCUGCGGCUCCAGGGUUUCUGUUACUACUUUAUGGACUUGGGAGAAGGCUUAGAAUAAAAGAUGUAGCAUAUUUUGCUUUCCCAUUUAUUGUUUGGCCAGCUAUGCCAAUGUGGUGCUAUUGUUUCUUUAAGAAAGUACUUGACUAAAAAAAAAAGAAAAAAAGAAAAAAAAGGAAGCAUAGACAUAUUUUUUUAAAGUAUAAAAACAAUUCUAGAGAUAGAUGGCUUAAUAAAAUAGCAUUAGGUCUAUCUAGCCACCACCACCUUUCAAGUUUUUAUCACUCAGAAGUAGUGUACUGUUCACCAAAUUGUGAAUUUGGGGGUACAGGGGCAGGAGAAGGAAAUUUUUAUAAGUUAGAGGACUCCAUCGUUUUGUUGGCAAAAUUAGCAAUAUAUUAUCCAAUCUUCUGAACAUCUUGAUCAAGAGCAUGGAGAAUAAAUGAGGGGAAAAAGAUCUUAUAGGAAAAUAGAAAAAUUUUAAAGAUAACUAAGUUCCUUCUCGAUUUUUGUGCUUUCUGCUCUAAAACACAUAUUCAGCAAGUGAAGAAAAUAUACACAAAAAGAAAAAAUACAUAGAUUUACCUGCAAAAAAAAAUAGCUUCUACCAAAUCCCCCUUGGGUACUCUUUGGUAUUUACUGGUUUGUAGAAGAUAUUCUCCCUCACCCAGACAUCUCAAAGAGCAGUAGCUCUCAUGAAAAGCAAUCACUGAUCUCAUUUGGGAAAUGUUGGAAAGUAUUUCCUCAUGAGAUGGGGGUUACCUACUGAUAAAGAAAGAGAGAAUUAAUGAGAAAUUAUUGAAAGAGAUGGCUAACAAUCUGUGAAGAUUUUUUGUUUCUUGUUUUUGUUUUGUUUUUGAUUUUUUAUACAGUCUUUAUGAAUUUCUUAAUGUUCAAAAAUGACUUGGUUCUUUUCUUAGUUUUUUAUAUUGGAAUGAGGAAUAAUAAGUUAAACCCACAUAGACUCUUAAAAACUAUAGGCUAGAUAGAAAUGUAUGUUUGACUUGUUGAAGCUAUAAUCAGACUAUUUAAAAUGUUUUGCUAUUUUUAAUCUUAAAAGACCUUGCUAAUUUAUUCAAGCAAAACCUAUUUGGUUCUCCUCUCAAGAAAGAAUAUUUCCAUUCAAACCACAUGGGCUUUCCACUAAUAUUUUCAAAAGAUAAAUCUGAUUUAUGCAAUGGCAUCAUUUCUUUUAAAAUAGAAGAAUUGUGAAACUUUAUGCCCCUCCCUUGCAAAGAUCAUAAAGUCCAGAUCUGGUCGGGGCAACAACAAAAGGAAAAUGUUGUUGAUUCUUGGUUUGGUUUUUGUUUUAUUUUCAAUGCUAGUGUUUAAUCCUAUAGUAUGUAUUUGCUUAUUGCUAUUUCAAUAUUUUAUAAGACCUUCCUGUUAGGUAUUAGAAAGUGAUACAUAGAUAUCUUUUUUGUGUAGUUUCUACUUAAAAAAGAAAGAAGACUGUCAGAAUCUUUAAGUGCAUAUGGUACAGGAUAAAGUAUCAAUUUAAAUAAUCAAUUCCUAUCUGGAACAAUGCUUUUGUUUUUUAAAGAAACCUCUCACAGUUAAGACAGAAGCCCAGGAGAUUUUUGAAGCUAUCUUUAUUAUGCCCCAGUCCCAACCCAGUUAUUAUUAUUUUAGUAUCUGCCUCAGAAUUUAAUAGAGGGAUGAACAAGCUGAAACCCUAGAAUUAAAGGAACCUCAUUGAAAACGUAUAUUUCACAUUUUUUUUUUUUUUUUUUUUUUGAGAUGGAGUCUCUCACUGUGAUCUGGGCUGGAACGCAGUGACAUGAUCUCAGCUCACUGCAACCUCCACCUCCCAUGUUCAAGCGAUUCUCCAGCCUCAGCCUCCCAAGUAGCUGGGAUUACUGGUGCCCACCACCACACCCAGCUACUUUUUGUAUUUUUAGUAGAGACGGGGUUUCACCAUGUUGGUCAGGCUGGUCUUGAACUCCUGACCUCAUGAUCCGCCCACCUUGGCCUCCCAAAGUGCUGGGAUUACAGGCGUGAGCCACCGUGUCCCCCUCUUAAUGUAUGAUUACAUUGAUCUUAAACAUGGUCCUUCUCUCCUCCUUCUUCAACUAUCUUUGCUAUGGCCUUUGAAGGGGAAAAAAACUCCAAACCUUUUUAAAAUUAAAAGAAAAGAGAGAGGACACAAAACUCCAAAUGUUACUGCCCAACUGAAAUAUGAGUUAAGAUGAAGAUAGAGUUUCUCCUAAUAACCUGAGCUGAAUUACCCAUCACUUUCAAGAAAAUGAUCUUCCACAAUUCUUAGAAACUGCCUUUCUUUAAUAUUAUUGAGGCCUAAAAGUAAACAUUACUCAUUUUAUUUUGCCCAAAAUGUGCUGAUGUAAAGUAGGAAAAAUGAAAACAGAGCUGUAAAAUCCCCUCCAAGCCACCCACUGACCCCACUCACCAAAUCAUAGAAAAGUCACUUCUGUUAAUCCCUUAAUCUGAUUUUGUUUGGAUAUUUAUCUUGUACCCGCUGCUAAACAUGCUGCAGGAGGGACUCUGAAACCUCAAGCUUUCUACUUACAUCUUUUAUCUGUGUCUGUGUAUCACGAAAAUGUCUAUUCAAAAUAUCACAACCUUUCAAAUAUCAUACAGCUUAUAUUCAGUUUACAUAAAGGCCUCAAAUACCAUGUCAGAUCUCUUUUUGGUAAAAGAGUUAAUGAACUAUGAGAAUUGGGAUUAUAUCAUGUAUUUUGCCUCAUGUAUUUUUAUCACACUUAUAGGCUAAGUGUGAUAAAUAAACUUACAGACACUGAAUUAAUUUCCCGCUACUUUAAAACCAGAAUAUAAUCGCUGGCCAUUCAUUACAUCUGUCUUUGUUGAAAGCAUAUUUUUCAUUAAAUUAACUCUGAUUGCAUUUGAAAUUAUUAUUCAAUUCACUUAUGGCAGAGGAAUAACAAUCCUAAUGUCUUCUAAAAAUAUAACUAAUUGAAUCAUUAUCUUACAUUUACUGUUUAAUAAGCAUAUUUUGAAAUGUACGGCUAGAGUGUCAUAAUAAAAUGUAUACCUUUCUUUAGUAAUUACAUUAAAAUUAGUCGUGUUUGAUUAA